UGAAUUCCAAUGACAAUCAACAAUUAAUAAUUGAUUAACAAUCAACAACAACAAUUUAAAUAAGUAAACUCAAUGUUAUAAAUGUAACGAUGAUAAAAUCAAAUUGUAAAACUAAACAAAAAAAGUUAAAUAUCGUUGACCUUUGAGUAUUUGGUGGUUAACCAUUUGGCUGAUAAUUUACAAUUAACUUAAUUGUAAAUGAUUUAGUUAAUUUCUAAGGUGUAUCAGUUACAUAGUUGUUACCCUUGGAUUUGGUGCUAAAGUGUUUGUCCUAAUUUCAAUUGUUUUUCCUUGACACUUUUAAGAUUUGCGAUCAAGAGGAAGGCCAAUAUAUCGUAACUAUAUUAAAGGAGGAGGAAGUUAAUUGUCGUGGUUAUAAUGACCAUGGACCAUGAUGAAUAUCAUGAUAAUCAUCAGGAUAUGAGAAAUUGGGAAAUUGAUGCAAAAGUUUCAGGAGGAGGUUCAAAGGAGUCGGAGUGGAGAGGAUUUCUUUUUGCUGGACUCUCUUCACAUUCAUUUGUCCACUUACACGGAGACCAUUUAGUUUCCAUCAUUGGAAUCAAGCUGAUUAAUUACUUGAUUGUUGAAAUUCCAGUUCUCUUUCGCCGUCUCUUGGUAAUAAGCUGAUAAUUGUGAUUAGAAUCUUUUUUCUUUAUCAUCAGUGUAAUUUGUGUCGGUGUUUUCGUUGCUCAUUUCUGCCUCCGGCCAUUUGGAGUUGAUGUCUCAUUGUAAAUUAAACCAUAACACGAGAAAAAUGGAUGAUCAAGUUUAAUUUGCUUGUUAUAUGUUCAAUUUAUAUAUAAUUCAGCUCAGUCUUAAUUCAUUUAAUUACUUAAUUACUGUUAAUUACUGUUCCUUUCCUUGUGCUACUCUCGAUUUUUGUUGCUGUUAUUGUGUUGUUCAAAGUUUCCAACAAUUAAUUUGUGCUCAUAUCUAGUGAUUAAGUUACUGAUUGUUUUUGAUUUACUCUAAUGUACAAUAUCAUCUGAUCAUAAUUAAGAUAAUAUUAGAUGGCAGCGAAAGUGAAUGAUUAUGCCAUUCUUGGCCUUAAUUUGGGUCUAAGUUUGGGACAAAGUUGGAAACCAGUGACUAUUUUUCAAAAUUUAUCGAUAAAAGUGCCCAAAGGUGCGAUUUAUGGUCUAAUCGGUCCAUCAGGUUGCGGCAAAACGACCUUACAACGAUGUAUAUUUGGCUUUUACCGACCAACUCAUGGGCGAUUGUUAGUUUUCGGUAGAUCACCAUUGGAAAAAGGGUUCGGUGUUCCUGGUCCAUUGGUUGGUUUUAUGCCGCAAGAUUUAGCACUUAACGAAGAUCUAACAAUUAAGGAAAUGUUAACUUUCUUUGGACGAUUAAACGAUCUUCCUAUGAGUACGGUCAAUUCCCGAAUCGAUGAACUUUUAUCAGUCAUCGAUAUUCCAUAUCCCCAUAGGUUAAUAAGUAACCUUUCAAUUGGUCAACGUCGUCGUAUCUCUUUGGCCGCAUCACUUAUCCAUCGGCCGAAACUUUUACUUCUCGAUGAGCCAACCGUUGGUUCAGAUCCAUUGUUGGUCUACAAAAUGUGGACCUACUUAUUUCACCUUCGUGACACCUAUAAAAUGACCAUUGUAGUGACCACUCAUUACUUAGAAGAGAUUGUGAAAGCAGAUCGAUUCGGGCUAAUGAGAAAAGGUCAAAUUAUCGCAGAGGAUAAUCCAAAGUCUUUCAUGGAAUCAUACAAAGAGACCUCCUUGGAAAAGGCAGUGUUCAAAUUGUGCACCGAGUGGGACAAACAGAAUGAAUCAUCAUCCCCACCACCAUCAUCAUCCUCAUCAUCAACUUGCCCCGAAGCGGUUGAUGUAAUAACCUGUGCGAAUAAAUUUUCACCGGAGGAAAAAAUGACCAAAGUAACGGUUGAAGGUACAAAUCAACCCUCAUCAUCAUCUUCAUCAUCAUCAUGUUCAACCUUAACAUCAACCACCUCAUCAUUAGCAUCAACCUCAAAAUCAUCUUCAUUUUCAUCUUUAACCUCAUCCACUGAAUCAUGGGAACCACUUUCCAAUUGUACAGUCUUGUCAAUAUUAAUUUGGCGACUUUGGUUAAGGUGUAAACGUUUCAUGAUCUAUCCGAUUAUUUUAUCUUGUUUCGUUAUCUUCAUCAUCAUCGGUACUUUCGGUUCAAUGUUUGGCCGUUUCCCGAAAGGUCUUACAUUAGAUUACAUGUAUUCUGAAUCAGGAAAUCAAAACAUCUCUGAAAAGUUCCUUUACCAUCUAGCACGAAACAAUAUUAGCCUUAAUCGAGUGUAUUCUGAGUUACAAAGUCGACGGGACCUUGAGAAUGGCCUCAUCGAUGGUUACUUUAUUAUCGGUGAAACUUUUGGUGACCUUGUGAAAGAAAGGAUUGAAAAAGGUUUAUCAUCAUUUGCUGGAGGUCCAAUGGUCAGUGGAAGUCAGGGUUUCAGGCCAUCGGUUGCAGAUAAAAUUUUACUGACCGUUGACUCGUCCAAUCAAUUCAACGUGGACACACUCGACAUCAUGUUAACCCGUAGUUUGAACAAAUUGCUUGAAGAAAUUAGAUCAAGUCUUAAUAUUAGCGUCAAUUAUUAUCAAUUUUUCACCAUUGACCCGAUCUACAAGUCCCAUGAAUCCGAUGACCUUAUGUUGUCUAAUGAAAUGGUUUUGAUUCGUUACUUUUUAUACGCAGUUGAACAGUUCACGAUUCUAUUAAUGAUGAGCUGGACAAUGCAAGAGGUCAAGGAAAAGAUGAAUGAACGACUAAUGGCCGCUGGAAUUGGUCGUGUCCAGUUAAUUUUCGCCCUGAUUUUGACCGCAACCAUGGUCAUUGUGCCGAUCUACAUGAUUCUAUUUACAAUUCUAAUACCGACUCUUAACUUCCCCAUGCGAGGCUCUUUUCUUGCGGUUGUACUGACCACCUUUGCAAUCACCCUUUGCGGUAUAACUAAAGGUGUUCUCACCGGUCUAGUCUCAAGUGACCUUAUUGUGGCCGCUUUCGUUCAUUCGGGCUACUGUUUCUGUAGUCUCUUCAUUAGUUACCUAAUUUGGCCUUACGAAUCACUUCCCAAUUUCAUCAAACCCUUGUCUAUUGGUUUCCCUUUGCACCUUCGGGCGAUUCGUUGGUCUGGUCACUGGUCAAGGGAAAACCUUUCACUGACCCUUUGGUUUACACCAACAUAGUUUACUCCCUUUUGUAUGCACUCAUCUCCACCAUCUUGGUGACAAUUGGUUUCCGUAAAUGGUAAUUAAAUCAAUUGCGAACAAUUAGUUUAACAUUUUCACUAAUUUCGCUUCAUUCAUCAUUCACCUUUAAUUGUAAUCCCUUAAUUAUUUCGUGAUUGUAUUAAAAAUUAUUUGAUAACAUGUUAA